AUGGUUCGUGCAUCAGAGCAAGAGCAGGAAGGCUAUAGAAACAGGCUGUUCAAUUUUAAAUGGAGGAACAACGACAACAAUGUAGGCAGACACGCCAAGAGUGUCAGCGUGGAGACCGGUUUAGAUGAGGCAGCCAACGAAUCUCAGGAGGUUGAACCGUUGACCAUAAUCCAUCCUAACGAGGGCCCGCCACAUUCAAGAUCGGUUGCUGAUGAAGCAACGCUCGCAGCCGCACAGGCUAGAGAAAAACAGCUUAUGGCAGACAUGGAGCAGAUGAAAGAGCGCUUCUCAAAGCUGUUGCUGGGAGAGGACAAUUCCGGUGGAGGCAAAGGAGUCUCCUCUGCUCUCGCCCUCUCAAACGCUAUCACUAACCUUUCAGCUUCCGUGUUUGGAGAGCAACGACGUUUGGAGCCAAUGGCUGCAGAGAGGAGAGCAAGAUGGAGAAGAGAGAUUGAUUGGCUUCUCUCUGUGACCAACUACGUCGUUGAGUUUGCUCCAUCUCAGCAAAAAAACAAAGAUGGAACCGAAAUGGAGAUAAUGACUACACGGCAACGUACUGACCUCCACAUGAACAUCCCCGCCUUAAGGAAAUUGGACGCUAUGCUCAUUGAUUGUCUAGAGAAUUUCAAGGACCAAAGCGAGUUCAGCUAUGUUUCAAAAGACUCACCUGAUUCGGACAAGAGAAAUGACGAGAAAUGGUGGAUUCCGACCGUCAAAGUUCCGCCAGAUGGUUUAUCCCAAGCUUCAAGAAGGUUCUUGCAGUACCAGAAAGAUUGUGUGAACCAGGUUCUCAAGGCAGCCAUGGCCAUAAACGCGCAGGUCUUGUUCGAAAUGGAGAUCCCUGAGAGCUACAUCGACUCACUCCCCAAGAACGGGAGGGCUAGUCUCGGGGAUCAGAUGUACAAGAAUAUAACGGUGGACUUCUUCGACCCGGACCAGUUCCUGGGCACCAUGGACAUGUCGUCGGAGCACAAGAUCGUCGACCUCAAAAACAGAAUCGAGGCAUCAAUCAUCAUAUGGAAACGUAAAAUGGUGCACAAAGACACCAAAUCAUCGGCCCCGUGGGCCUCGGGGGUCAGUUUGGAGAAGAGAGAGGUCUUCGAAGAGCGAGCUGAGACCAUUUUGCUCAUUCUCAAGCAUAGAUACCCUGGGAUUUCUCAGUCCUCCCUCGACAUCAGCAAAAUCCAGUUCAACAAGGACGUGGGUCACGCGGUGUUGGAGAGCUACUCGAGAAUACUGGAGAGCUUGGCGUACACGGUGCUGUCGAGAAUUGACGACGUUCUAGAGGCAGAUCGAGCGGUGAACAAGAGGGAGCCAGAGGACGUGGCCGUGGAGACGCUGGUUGGGAGUAUGACGUUGUCGGAUUUCAUGGGAUGGGAAGUCGAGCAGGGGAACGCCGACUUGGAUGCGAAGAAGGAAACGUCGGACGAUCAAUUGGUGAAGGAGAAGAUAGGUGUCGUCACCACCAAGAAGAUCUCAUACCUCGAAACCCUAGGCGGCGUCAAUAGUCCAACGGCGCGGCAUUGA